AUGGACCAUACACGGGAGGAACUGGAUCAGCUGGCUGCUGGCUACAUUUCAGACACCAUGGGCUGUAUUCACACGGUGCAGGAGUUCUGCGACAGACACUCAGAAUGGCUCCAACGGAGAAAGUCUGAGCUGAAGAGGAUGCAAGACGUCACAAAGGGGACUGCGGAGAGCAGGGCCCAGGAGCUGGAGAAGGAGCUGGGAUGCCUGCUCCAAGACACCUUGAAGGGGCUUGAGAAGCUGACCCUGUUCCUGCAGGCUGUGGAGAUGCUGGCGGUCACGUCGCUCUCCGUCUUCGAGGAGGAGAAUCCGGUGUGCCAGCUCCCUGAGGGGGUGAGCGCUGAUGCCGUUCGUUCAGUCAUCACCGCCGCCAGGCGAGCCUGUCCGCUUUUGAUCCAUUUCAAGAGAGACGACGGCAAAUUCUUUCGGCCCAGCCUGGUGAACGUGGACCUGCUGACUUUCCAGCUGGAGAACUACUUGAAUGUUUCCCAGGAGUUGUGUGAGAAGCUCCAGAUAAGAUCAGACCGGCACUUCAGGAUGACCUACCUGUUCAGGGGAUCAGCCCAGCGGUUCAUCGGCCUGUUCAGCCAGCGCUGCUCCAGGAUGCAGCAGUUCCUGGAUGCUCUGGAGGAAGAAGCUGUGCAGCUGGACAGGAUGAAGAUGGGGGCCAGCAUCUCCAGUGUGGCGGGCAGCAGUGUAGGCUUUGUGGGAGGCAUUGCAUCCAUCGCGGGCCUGGCUCUGGCCCCUUUCACGAUGGGGGCAUCGCUGGCCCUCACGAUGGUCGGCACGGGGUUGGGGGUCACCAGUGGCGUGAACAGCAUAAUUACAGGUAUCACCGAAUGUUCGGUCAACACUCACCACGGGAAGAAGAUCAAGGAAAUCUUCCAGAGCUACUUUGAAGAUGUGGAGACUAUGCUGGAGUGUCUGGAGCAAGCGGCCAGGUGCAUUAUACCCAACACGGUGCCAGAUGGGCUGGUUGUUGCGGCACGUGUUGUGAAGGCUGCCAAAACCGUACGUUCUGUGAGAAAAGGGAUAAAAACUAUUGUGGAUUGUAAUUCCGCCAAAAAGGUGCUCAGAGCCAAAGAGUUGGCCUCAACAUCAAAAGCUGCCCGAAACGUCCCCAACAGGGCGGCCGAUCUCACCGAUAUCGGGCAGUUGGCUAAGGGCACUCCCCUCGCCCUAAGCAAGUCUGCCAGGGUGGGGUCCAUCGCCUUCAACUCCAUCUUCAUGGGCGUGGACCUCUUCUUCAUCUGCAAAGACAGCAUCAGCCUUGCCAAUGGGGACAAGAGCGAAGUGUCAAGGGUCAUCCGCGAGAAGGCCAGUCUGUGGAAGACCGAGCUGCAUGCAUGGGAGAAGAUCCAUCACUCUCUGUGCAUCGGGAUAUGGAGGUUCAGGAGGAAUGAGGAGCUCCUACGGAGGCCAUUUUACACCUAG